UGGUUGUGUUAUUACUUUUUUUGUCAUCCCUCGAAUUAAUAAUUACUUAUGUAUCGUUAAACUUAUCCUCUUACAUUCAAUAAAAACGAAAUCUCUGAGUCUCAGUAAUUCAUAAGUAGCGCUGAUCAUCGAAAAAGUUAUAAGUCAAGUUGAAUGUAUUUGUUUAAUUGUAGUUUGGACCCUUUUCAAUUUGGAACCUGUCAUGUCUGAUCUUUCCUUUAUUUCCUCAUAUUUAUUUUCUUUUCACUGCCGGAACCUGAGGUGAAGUUCCAUUUCAAUGUCAUAAUUUAGAGUCUUUUCUGGCUUUCCAGAAUGUUUAUUUUAUUACCUCCAACCGUCUUAUAUUUAUAAUCUUGUUUGGGUCGAGUCUCUUAGCUGUUCAACAUGAAUCUUCAAACGCUCUUCCAGGACUUCAAUCCGAGUAAAUUCAUAAUUCACUCGUCUUUGAUGGUCUUUACUGCAUUAUUUGCAUUGAGGCUGGAUGGCACUAUACAAUGGAGUUACUGGACUGUUUUCUCCCCAAUUUGGUUUUGGAAAUCAAUGGUAAUCUUAGGUGCCACCGUUGGAAGUUAUGUUUGGUGGAGGUAUCCACAUUUCAGGUUGGAAGGCGAAGCUUAUGUCCACUACAAAGCAAUGCUCAUCAGUUUAGCCUUGCAUCUCAUUUUGUUAAUGUUUGAGCUUCUUGUCUGUGAUAAGCUGCAGUCCGGUAGACAUCUCUGGAUUCUGGUGUUUAUACCUCUGAUCUUCAUAUCCAUUGUAUCUAUUGCUGUAUGCAUUUGGGCUGUCAAACACGACCGCUCAUUUGAGCUGGAACUGUUCUGUGCUGUCAAUAUGCUUCAGUUCAUCUUCUUAGCAUUGAGGCUGGAUGGAUUCACCCAGUGGAGCUGGGAGGUGGUCUUCGUGCCAUUGUGGAUUGUCAUGUGCCUGUCCCUUGUGGGUGUUCUGUAUACGAUCAUAUUUGCAGGGAUCCUUUUAAGAACACCAGAGGUCAAUGCUACUCAGCGACGCACCUCGCUGAACACAGCCCUAGCUUAUACAUUUUUAGUCGUUCCAAUUUUAAUUUUUCAGGUUUUAUUAACGAAUAAGUUAGAUGAAGAUAUAUCAAUGAGUUUCUUCGGUGUUGUUUCACCAUUGUUCAUCUCUUUCACAACCCUCAUAUUGAUGUCAUUCAGCGCUAAAGGUGGCAACAAAUGGUGGUUUGGACUCAGGAAAGAUUUUUCGCAGUUCCUUCUGAGCAUCUGUCCAUUCCUACAAGAGUACGCAAAUAUUGCGUACAGUGUCGGUGGAAACGACCCUCAUGGAGGAAGGAGUGGUGGUGGUGAUGAAAACAAUAUAAGAGGCAGCCAAGUAGUGCCAAUUGUGAAAUCAGACAAAGGUCCCAAAAAGUGUGAUUUUUCCAAACCAGUUGUGCCUGUUAUCUCAAUUGAAACCCCGGACUAGGUGAAAUUUUUGUGGAAGCCUCUCCCUUUUCAGGGGAGUGUUAAAGAUCUUUAGAAAGUGGAAGGCUUUGUAAAAUUGUAAGCAGUGCUAAGUUCAUGAUAUGUGGUUGAUGGCAUCUCACUAAUGAAUCACUCAUUAGUAUUCAAAAACCCUUGAUGAAAGAUCUCCAAUCCCAAAUAGGUCAGGAAGUAUUAUGGGAAAAUUUGUAUCAAUUGAAAAUGAAUUAUUUAAGUAGGAUCAGAGAUAUUCUUUACUACCUCAAUUGAAUAGUGCAGAGCUAACCUACUGAUGAGAUUCAAUCAAGGUUAUCUCUCAUGGGGGACUUUAAAGCUGAGUUCAUUUAUUUGAAUACAUCAAGCUAUAAUAAAGGCACUGUCUAUAGAAAAUCUUGACACAAAGCAGCGUCAUAUUAGAAGCCUCUAAUCCCGUUUCUAUUUUCAUUUAUUUCUUCUUUUUCACUACUAUUCAAUCUGUUUUUUGAAGUGGAUCUCACAUGAAAGAAGGAGAAAAAUGACCGUAUCAUAUCGGACGAAAAUUUAAAAAUUGAAUAAAUUUGUAAUUAAAUACUUGAAAAUUGAAAUGAAGAACAAAAUAAAGCAAUAAGAUAUUAGUCCCUCCCAAAUGACAAGCAGAAAUCGCAAGCGAGAGACAGGUGAAUUUGUAUGAUUGUCUGAUUAUUUUAGUAUAAAAAGAAAUAACUGAUGCCCUCAUUUUCAAAGUCAAAAUUUUAUUAACAUCAUAGAGUUACACAAUUUUCAAUGGUGGAGCUCACUCAAUCAUUCUCUGUUAAUUAUAAAACACUGUGUGCUAAUGUUAGUUAGGCCACACUGAAACCAGUCAAAGCAGAAUUCCUCUCAAAAUUUUAAAGUUUCAUAGAGACUCAUUCUUCAACAGUAGCUUCCAUGACAAAAAAUUCUCUCCGUAUUGCAAAAAAAUGCGUAUCUUGCAAUAUUUAAAAAUCUCUGAGUAUGUUUUACUUUCCUUUAGGAAAACUAAUCAGAAUGCCAUGUUUUGCAUUUUGUACAAUUUGUUUUAAUGAAAAAAGGAAUUAAAAAAAAAAUUGAAACUGGUGGUUAGUCUCUCUGUAAACGACUGAAACUCAAGCAAAGGUUUACAAUUUCGUAAUCUAAGAUACGCAUUUUUCGACUUCAACCAUCAACUAAAUUUUGCAGUCAGAAGCAAUUUUUAAAAUGUUCAGUGCUGAGACAAAACAUAGUAUAGUAAAUUAUACACCCAUCAAUUGAAUAAAUUGCAUACAACAGAAACACUUCAGUCUUAUAUUAAACUAAUGACUUGUGAAAUUAGUUCUUUUUAUAGGUUGAAAAUUGACUUUUUGGCUUCAUGCAUCGAAGUGCAGUUCAUUGUCCUAAAUUAAAGUUGCUGUGGUAAUCACUCAUUUGGCAGUUGAUAGGAGUUUAACAGAAAUACACAGGGUUGCCAGCAAUCUGGAAAACUGGGGAGGUCGGGGAAUGUACGGUGACCGGUAAAAGUUAGAGAGAGUCAGGGAGUUCACAGGAAGUCCGGGGGUUUUGUGAGGUGCGUUCAGCAGAAGUGAGAGUAAUUUCAAGGGGGAAAAAAUCAAAGUGGAAGUUGUGUUAGAAUGUCAGGGAAUCUGAAAAUUUUGGAGUCAGGGAACGGCAAAAAUAGCCAGGGAAUUUAGCAUUGAAAAAUUAUGGCAACCCUGAGAAAUGCAUAAAGUCGAAUUCUGGGAAAAUUGAGGCAAGAGAAGUCAUGCAUUCAACUAGGUAGUGGUUAAUUUUUUCCUGUAAAUUUUUAAACUUGAGAAACAUUAUUUUGAACAUGUAAAUAGUCGUUAAACUUUGUCCUCAACAUUGAGUCUUAUGCAGGAAUAAAUCUUCGAACCUCAUUUUCUUGGUUCAAACUCGAUGCAACUUGAUGUGUUUCUGUUGAAUUCAAUUCAGUUAAAUCCCAUUCUAAAUAAUACUCAUCAUCUAUUUUGUAACAAACUCCUGGUUUCAUUAUUUGUAGUUCAGAUUCCUGGUUAUUAUUUUUACAUAUUAUGGUAAGCGUAAGUUUUAAAUCUAAGUAUGAAUUAUCAAAAUUUUCCCCGGAAGAAUUUGAAAAUCAACAACUUUUUAGAAUGAAGUAUAUGGUCACAGUUCCGAUAAUUUUUUAUGAUUGUCUGAUGACCUGAGAUGAAAAAAAAAAAACUUUUACUGAUUCCUUCAUUUUCGAAGUCAAAAUAUUUUAGUGGAACACCGCAUGAAUACCAUGAGAGAAAUCAAUUACAGAAAUAUUGUUGUGUUAUUUUUUGAUAUUCUUCCUUUUCUGUAUCAAUGGUUUCAAAAUUUUUUGUAAGUGAGGAGGUAAAAUUAAAUAUCAUUCUGGUAUCCUUUUUGAUAUUUUUAUAAAUUUUGUAACUCCUUGUGUUGAUUUGUUGGUGCACUCAAUGAAGACUGAAGCUCACCCCGAGGGACUCUAAGACAAUCAUGCAGCUUGAUAAUAGCAAACAGACUUUGGCCUUUUCUUCUUUUUGUUCUUCGAUGGAUCAACUUAGUGAAGAUUCCAACAGAUCCACCUUCCCAUAUGAUUUGCUUUUUCUUACUUUUAAAGUUGUUGCAGCUAAAAUUAUUUUGCUUGUUGAGUUAGUCUCUGUGAUCUUUUGAAUUUUACAUUUUUUAAUUUGGAUAAUCAAGACCUCUGUGAAUGCAAUUUCAUUGGAAAAUACAUCGUGGAUGUGUUUUGAGCACUCCUUUAAAGGAAACCCUGAUGUUUUUUUUUUUUUUUUUUUUUUUUUUUUUUUUUUUUUUUUUUUUUUUUUGUAAAGUGUGGAAUUAUUGAGUUAUAUUUAUCAAAUUCAAAAAAAGCAUGUAAUAUCAAAAUUCUACAAAGUUGUUGGUUGCUUUCAAAUCAGACUUUCAAUUAUCUUUGCUGAUUUGGUGUAAAUUCUGGUGAAUAAACUGCUUUUUUUCACCAUGAAUCCUCAUGUUUUUAUUAUUAAAAUCCAGUUUGUACAUCUAUGGAAGUCCUUUAUUUUUUCCAAGCUUUUAAAUUUUGUAUAUAUACCUUACAGAAUCUUUCAUUUUUGACAGGAAACCCUUGUAAGUCCUUAAUUUUUUUUAAACUGUGUGAUUUUUUACUAUCGAUUACAUUGGUAUGCUUUUGUUGAAAACCAUACUUUUUCAGGCUUGUUUGAUUUCCUAUUUAAUUUCUGGGUAGCUUUAAAUGUGAGUAUUAAUUUAAGUGAAUUUUGUGAAAGGAAAAGAUUACUUAUGCAACAAAGUCAUUGACGUUUUUAGUUGAUUCAAUUUGGUGGCACAAGCACCAGACUUAUUGCAUGAAGUUAUACUGAUGGUCAGAGUGCAAAACCAUGUGUUUCUAUUUGUGGCGUUGUAGACUCCAUGUCCUACAUAUAUUCCUUUUCUUUGGAAAAAAUGUCAAUAUAAUUACUUAAAAACUUCCUUGUCCUUUCUUUUCUGUCACAUGAAUAUUCUUCAUAAUUUCCAAGCUUUAAAGUUGACUUGUUUCACUUGCAAAAAAUGAAGUAGGAGCAAAAAUUUUGAAACAUUGCAGUGGAGAUGCAUGGUUUUGCACUUUGCCCAUUCAUAUGUAUUUAUCACCCAGUGCAAUCCUUGUAGUGUAAAUCUCCCAAGUAUGACGUAACAUGUUCCUAGAUGUACCAGAUUGUAGCAAUCCAUGCACGGAAGAUUUCCAAGUUUUUUACUAACAUUUAUUUAUUCUUCUUUUUUACCUUUUAUCCAGUUGUAUUUAUAUUGACUGAGAUUUGUGUCUAAACUCAAUAAAAAUUAUGAUUUUUCUAA